UUGUAACUAUGUCCAACCAACCCACCAUCAGUCAUGCGACCCGCGAAGACUACGAAAAGGCCCUCUCGUCAUGUCAUGCAACCGAGGAGUCUCUAGCAUCAACUCUUUGCUUCGCACCUUCUCGAGGCGAACCCCCAUCUGGACCCGGCUAUGCCAAAGUUCUCUUGAUCCGUACGCCAAGUGAUGAAGUGGCUGGUAUGGGAUUGUACUUUAACAACUAUUCUACUUGGUGGGCAGCACCUGGAGUCUACCUUGAAGAUCUGUUCGUGCUUCCUGAACACCGCAACAAAGGCUACGGUAAGCUUCUCAUCGGAGCAUUGGCAAAGGNNGAAGUCAAGAGGAUUGGCGGCAAGAGGCUGGAAUGGUGUUGUCUGAAGUGGAACAAGCCAUCUUUGGACUUCUACAAGAUGUUGGGAGCCCAGCAGAUGGAAGAUUGGGUUACAUUGAGAGCAGAUGGAGAAGCGCUGGACAAGCUGGCAGGUUCUGCUGACAAGGCUGCCAAUGUACAGGUGGAUGGCAAA